GAUAAUCUUUCAAAACCAUGCUCACUUACUGCCAGACGAGAGGGUAACGAGGCCCAAAACAGUGGCAGAGAGACAAAUUGGACAAACAGCUGGGCUUCGAGAGAGUAUGAUGUUUGUGUGGAGGACAGGACAGCUGGGGAGACACACAUGAAAUUGGCAGCAGAAGAUCCCAGAGCACAAGGGCUCAUUAACCGGACUGUGAAGAAAUCUUGAUGUGCAAGCUACGUCCAUCAUAUAUUGGCCAAUGCAAGUCCUAUGAACCAACAUGUCAGUACAAAAAGUCAAAGAUUCAUCUGACCUAGACGCCAAGGUCCCUGCUCAUCUCCGGCGCACAUCUAUAACAGGCCUCACAGUGACCUCUGACCCCUCACACAGAUGUGUUAAGGCUCGAGUGGUUCACAAAGGUCCUAUGAUAUCCUGCGCACAGAAAGAUGGCAUCGAAAUGCUUAAAGCCGAGAUCAGAGAGAAGGACCUCCCUCAGAGUACCACUGAACACACAUCAAUCAACGUCAUUUUCUUUGGCACAUUGGCCAAGGACUUCUCCCAGUCUGUCAGACAAGGGGAUGUUGUCUUAUUGGCAGACUUCACUAUCAAAAAGUCUCCAUCUUUUCUCCGAGACAAACUACAUCCUUGUCAGCUAGAGAUGGAUGGCAAUGACGCUUUUGUCUAUGUAUGUUCCUCGGCUGCCCCCUCCCAAGGUCCCUCCUGUUCAGAGGCCAAAUACACUUAUGUUCCUCUAAACAAUUUGAAGCACAAGACAGUGGUGAACGUCUAUGGUGUUGUGACCUUCUUCAAACAGCCUUUCCCCUCUAAAGGUUCAGAUUACUGCUCUACACUGAAGAUCACAGAUCAAUCAGAUGUUAAAGUGAGCUGCAACAUCUUCUCUAAAAAACUGGAGGAUCACCCUGUCAUCUUCAGAGUUGGGGACAUUAUCCGACUCCACAGAUUCAAGACAGGAAUAUUCAAUGACUCCAUGACACUCUUGAACACUUAUGGUUGGUCUGCAGUCACAUUCGAUGGAAUAAUUGACAGCCCAGUAACCCCUCGUGCCACCAGCAAAUCAUUUUACUUUGGAGAAUCUGAUAGAAAUACAGUGCAGAAGCUUCGCCAAUGGGCUUCCAGCCAGUCUCUGAUAUCCAAUGAACCCACUGUCUCGCUGUCCUCUGUUUCUCCCGGGAUGUACUUUGAUUUCACCUGCCAGCUGCUGGCCAAGGCUGUCAUGGAUAGUCGUUGUAUCCUACUGAAGGUGUGGGAUGGGACCAAGUGUGAACAUCCCCUACUGAACAUCGCAGUUGCAUCCGACGCAUUAGUAGGAGAAUCCACUGCUGCUAAAGACAGGAUGAACCUGACAGCCAAUGUUCUGGUCUAUGACAAUCACAUGGAGGCAGCUCAAGACUUAAAGCCCGGCACGUUCCUGCGGUUCUACAAUCUCCGUUCACUCCUUCAGCGAGCUCCGGACCAGCAGGCUGAUCAAGCUGAACAUCUCAGUUUCCACCUGCAUGGGGGGUCGACGUAUGGACGAGGUUUACGCAGCCUUCCUGCAGAGAGCCCUGAUCUACAGUCCCUCAAAAGCGUGCUAGAGAAUCAUGUCGAUCUGGAUGAGUAUGAUGAAGUGAAUGAUGGCACGUUACUGGAGAUUUGGUACACACCGCCAGAGGCUGUAGUCUUGCCAAAUGAUGAAGAACCAGAUGAAGCAGAUACAGGACAUUCUUAUACAGUGCGGACAUGCGAGCACAACACGCAGCAGCUCACAUUGGCCCGGGUGAAACGCUCCACCCCGCCGCUGUCAUGUCAUGUCCGAGCCCGGGUGAAGAAGUACCAUCCACAGCAGUUAUACCAGUGCCUGAAGCUCUUCUGCUCCAAGUGUAAAACAAUGAAAGACGUUCCCGAUGACGGCGCUGUUGCUAAAGUCUUUCGGGAGUCUGCGCGAGAGAACCGGCCUUGCGACGUGCAGUGGGCCGCCACUUCAUCAGUGAGGUCUAGAGAAGCCGGCAGAAACAUCUCAAUGCACAUUUCCAGAGACAUGGUGGGGCAAAGCACUCACAUGCAUCUGAUAUUCGUCGAGGGAACGACUCUGGAUGAGAUUUGCGUGUUAUCACGCAAUUACGAAAACCUGGUUCCCGUGAGAUCAGAGAAUGGCAGGAUGGCCCUGAUGGAUCUUACAGCUCCCUUCCUGUUCUCCAGAGACAAAAGAUAUUACGGGUGUAAGCAGUGCUCUCUGAACACGUUUGAAAACCAUGUGUUUGCUGGGAUGGAGACCUAUGAUGGACAGACGGUUGCUGAAGCUCUGGGAGUUCAGCUGAUGCAGUACAGAUUGUUAAUCCAGUUUGAACUGGACGAUGGGACUGACACAUUAGAGGCUCUGCUGUGGGAGAACGCCGAGAAGUUCUUCCAUGUUUCUGCUGUCGAUGCUUCAGGCAGUCAGGAUUUGCAGGACAAGAUUCAGACCAUCAUCGACACAAUUAAACCACCACAAAGCAGUUUGGAAGAACGUCCAUGGCUGGAUCUUUGCCUCUCUGUCUACACUGUGAAGGACAAUGACAGCAAUAAUAAAGUUUGCUACCAGAUCACUGACUCCGAAAUCAGAGAGGAAUAAAGAAGUUAAGUUACAGACAGUUUGGUUAAGAGUAAACUAUCAUAGAUGGGCAUCUGCAAAGAACAAGAAAGAAAUUGUUGCUAGAAAUCUUGUGUUAAAGGGAUAAUUUACCUAAAAAAUACAUUACUUUUUCACCCUGAAGGUGUUCAAACCUGUAUGAGUUUCUUUUUUUUCUGAUGAACACAAAGGAAGAUAUGUUGGUAACCACACAGUUGAUGGCAUCCAUUGACUUCCAUAGUAGGAAAGUCAAUGGUUACCAACAUUCUUCAAAAUAUCUUCCUUUGUGUUCAAAUGAAGAAAGAAGCUCAUACCAGUUUGGAACGACUUAAGGGUGAUUAAAUUAUUACAAAAUUAUUAUUUUUGGGUGUGCUAUCCCUUUAAGAAAUGUAAAUAUGUUUUAUGGUCAAACAAUAAAAUAAAGUAUAUUUCUAUUUAUAAUACAUAACUACUUGAUCUCCUUGGACCUGUGUGUGGCAUUAUUUAACAAGCCAUCUGGAGUGAAACUGAUGAGCAUUUUGACAGCAGGUGGUUGUUGCUGGAAACAAAAUGUCGUUGUGUUUCAGUCCACUAGGUGGCGCGUUCACUGUGUGUUGUGUCUGUGAACGCGGAGCCUCCCUGACAGAGCUUCAUAUUCAGAGGUCCACCAGGAGAUCAUAAACGGCUCUCAAGGACUUUCACUUUAUCGAGAUGCUGGAUGCUCGUUCCUUGACAUCUAUUUUUCCUCUUGUACGAAACGCUUGGAAAUAUCUGCGGUUCGUGGACUUCAACAAGCUUUGUUUUGUUUGUCUGAACACCUGUUUGACCUGCUGUUACAAAACUAUUGAUUUUAAAAAUGGAAACUAGCGAUGUUCAGAGACCCGUGAGUGGGACGACGCUUGAUGUUAGUUCUACAAGUACGCCUUAAAAUACUGGAUUUAUCAGGUUUGGAUAUUUUCAAGGGAUAUACUAACUGGAAAACG